AUGUCAUCCUGGGAUGACAAGGAGAAGACUGCCAAUGCGGUUGCGCAUUCAGCUUCAGGGUCAGACGACUAUGCCAUUCGAGAGGGAAGCGCGGAAUACACAGCUGCCGAAGGCUUGAACUCUUCGACAGUGACGUAUCAAGAUGCGAGUGGUGCCCCCGUCGAGACAGAAUCACCUCUAGGGUACUCCGUCGACGUCCUAGUCGGAUUCUGUCUGAACAUCAAUCAAAUGGUCGGAACUGGUAUCUUCUCAACGCCCGCUACAAUUCUGAAGGGUGUCGGAUCCGUGGGUCUUACAAUGAUAUACUGGUUUCUCGGAUACUUGAUUGCCCAGUGUAGUCAGGCUCUAUACCUCGAGUACACGGCCUAUUUCCCCAGCAGGUCGGGAUCGGAUGUCGUUUAUCUGGAACAAGCGUUUCUGAAACCGAAAUACUUGUUCCCAACGGUCUUUGCGAUGAAGCAUGUUAUUUUUUCCUUUGCCAGCAGUAAUGCGAUUGUCUUUGCAGAGUAUGUCUUUGCGAUUGGUGGGAUAUCUUAUACGAAUUGGCAGUUGAAGGGAGUUGCCGUUGCGGCGUACACACUUGCACUGAUUGUGGUUGCAUCAAAUACCAAAUGGUCCUUGAGGUUUGUGGUUUGGUUUGGAAUUGUCAAACUUCUGACCCUGGUGUUAAUUUCAAUCGCCGGAUUGGUCGUUCUGGGUGGCCACACCAAAGUGGCAGACCCCAUGGCAAAUUGGCGACAUGCAUGGGAAGGCACAUCGAAUGCUAGCGCCUAUGGUGCCACAAAUGCCAUGAUCAAGCUGAUUUUCUCCUACGCUGGUUAUCAAAAUGUCUUCGGUCUUGCAAAUGAGAUCAAGAACCCCGUGAAAAAGCUCCGCUGGAGUGCCCCGUUGUCGCUCAUCAUCGUCACAAUCCUAUACAUCCUAGUCAACGUUGCUUAUUUCUCCGCAGCAACGAGGGAGGAGAUCCUCGCAUCUAAGCAGAUCGCAGCAAGCAUCUUCUUCCAGAAGGUAUUUGGUACAACAAAGGCCGCUCGUGCUCUGAGCGUCCUUAUUGUCAUCAGUGCAUUCGGAAACUUGAUCGCCGUGAUGAUCAAUACUUCUCGCAUGCUUCGAGAAACAGGAAGGCAAUUCUGGACCUCCACAAAGCCCUUCGGAACUCCCAUCGGCCCCUACACGGUGCAAUGGGCACUCACAGUGAUCAUGAUCAUCGGCCCACCAGCCGGAGACGCCUUUAAUUUCGGUCCGUAUCACCUAAAAAACAAAACUCCCAGAAGAGCCCGUCUGCUAACCCCUGUAAUCAAAAUAGUCGUCGACCUCGCCGUCUACCCAGGCAACAUCUUCAACUUCCUAAUCGCCGUCGGACUCAUCCUUCUUCGACAACGUCGAAAGGCACUUAACCUGCCACCACCGGACUUCAAAGCAUGGAGCGUUGCUGUAGGCUUUACACUCCUGGCUAAUGCUUAUAUGCUCAUCGCACCUUGGUAUCCACCGAUCGGAGGGGCGAAUGGUGGAGAUGUCAGUUUCUGGUACGGAACGUAUCUGGCUGUUAGCAUUGGGUUGUUGUCGCUCUGCGGCAUCUACUAUUACUUCUGGAUUGACUUGAUUCCCAAGUGGAAAGGAUAUGAGUAUAGACAGACUAUUGUCAAGUAUGAUGAUGGUGCUGUUACGCAUAAAAUGGUGAAGAUUCCGAAGGCUGAUUUGGUUUCUUGGGACCAGCAACAUGAUGCUGCUGGGCGCCUUCGCGAUGAGGUGGCACGUUAG